UCGAGAGUUGAGAAAUAACGAUCGAUUCUCCCAAUGGUGGUCGCAGAAUAGCAAAACCGCAUUAAUACUUACCAUAUUCUCGGGAAUUGAUAAUGAAGCUUUGAAAGUUAUAUACUCAUAUGCUGCCGGUUAUACUGUAUUUCGUGAAAAGAGUUUCUCACAAACGGGCAAGAAACUGGUUUUAUUUGCGACCAUAUUUUCAUUAAUCAUAGAAGACUUCGCACAACUCAUAUACUUGAUCAUAUACCAAGCAGUCACCAUUAUCCCAGCUAUAAUUCCCAUAAUAGUAUUGGCUACAUGCAUACUAAUCAUAUUGCUCAAGAUCAUAUGCUUUAUUUUAUACAUGGGGCAAAAUAAUACAACUAUCGUCGGUGCAGGUCCCGAACCACAUGCAUAUG